UAGGGCAGGUCUGGGCUUUAUUAUUUUAGCACCACGGCAGCGGGAGGUUUCGGCUAAGUUGGAGGGACCCGUCACGAUUGCAUGCCCGCGCCCGCCAGGUGCUAACCUCCGCUGGUGACCCAGGGGCUCUGCGACACAAGGAGUCUGCAUGUCUAAGCCGUAGACAUGCUCAGCUUUGUGGAUGCGCGGACUCUGUUGCUGCUUGCAGUGACUUCGUGCCUAGCAACAUGCCAAUCUUUACGUGAGGGCCCCCCUGGAGAAAGAGGACCACGUGGACAAAGGGGCCCCCCAGGUCCCCCAGGCAAAGAUGGUGUUAACGGUGCUGAUGGCCCUCCCGGCCCUCCUGGCCCCCCUGGCUCCCCUGGCCCUCCUGGCCCCCCUGGUCUGGAUGGGAAAUUUGCUGCCCAGUAUGCUGACAAAGGAGUCUCAUCUGGCCCUGGACCAAUGGGCUUAAUGGGACCCAGAGGCCCUCCUGGUGCUGUCGGAGCCCCUGGCCCUCAAGGUUUCCAAGGACCUGCUGGUGAGCCUGGUGAACCUGGUCAAACGGGUCCGGCAGGCUCUCGUGGUCCAGCUGGCCCUCCUGGCAAGGCUGGUGAGGAUGGUCACCCUGGAAAACCUGGACGACCUGGCGAGCGAGGAGUCGUUGGACCACAGGGAGCUCGUGGUUUCCCUGGGACUCCUGGACUUCCUGGCUUCAAAGGCCUUCGAGGACACAAUGGUCUGGAUGGAUUGAAGGGACAGCCUGGUGCUCAGGGUCUGAAGGGUGAACCUGGUGCUCCUGGUGAAAACGGAACCCCAGGUCAAGCAGGAGCCCGAGGGCUUCCUGGUGAGAGAGGGCGUGUUGGAGCUCCUGGUCCAGCUGGUGCCCGAGGCAGUGAUGGCAGCGUUGGUCCUGUCGGCCCUGCUGGUCCCAUUGGGUCUGCUGGCCCUCCGGGUUUCCCAGGCGCUCCUGGUCCCAAGGGUGAACUCGGGCCUGUUGGUAACCCUGGUCCUUCUGGUCCUGCUGGUCCCCGAGGUGAAGUGGGUCUCCCAGGUCUUUCUGGCCCUGUCGGACCUCCUGGCAAUCCCGGAGCAAAUGGCCUCACCGGUGCUAAGGGUGCUUCUGGACUCCCUGGUGUUGCUGGGGCUCCUGGUCUCCCUGGUCCCCGAGGCAUUCCUGGCCCUGUUGGUGCCGCUGGUGCUACUGGUGCGAGAGGACUUGUUGGUGAGCCUGGUCCUGCUGGCUCCAAAGGAGAGACUGGUAACAAGGGUGAGCCUGGCUCUGCUGGAGCUCAAGGUCUUCCUGGUCCCAGCGGUGAAGAAGGAAAGAGAGGGUCCCCUGGAGAACCUGGGUCUGCUGGUCCCGCAGGGCCUCCUGGGCUGAGAGGCAGCCCUGGUUCUCGGGGUCUUCCUGGAGCUGAUGGCAGAGCUGGUGUGAUGGGCCCUCCUGGUCCUCGAGGUUCAACUGGCCCUGCUGGAGUUCGAGGUCCUAACGGAGAUGCCGGUCGCCCUGGGGAACCUGGUCUCAUGGGACCCAGAGGUCUUCCUGGGUCUCCUGGAAAUGUUGGCCCAUCUGGCAAAGAAGGACCUGUGGGCCUCCCUGGCAUUGAUGGUAGACCUGGACCAAUUGGCCCAGCUGGGCCCAGAGGUGAAGCCGGCAACAUCGGAUUCCCUGGACCCAAAGGUCCCUCUGGUGAUGCGGGCAAACCUGGUGAUAAAGGCCAUCCUGGUCCUGCUGGUGCUCGGGGAGCUCCUGGUCCUGAUGGGAACAAUGGUGCUCAGGGACCUCCUGGACCCCAGGGUGUCCAAGGAGGCAAAGGUGAACAGGGCCCUGCUGGUCCUCCAGGCUUCCAGGGUCUCCCUGGUCCCUCGGGUGCUGCUGGAGAAGCUGGCAAGCCAGGAGAAAGGGGUCUUCCUGGUGAAUUUGGUCUCCCCGGUCCUGCUGGCCCAAGAGGAGAACGUGGUCCCCCAGGUGAAAGUGGGGCUGCUGGCCCUUCUGGUCCUAUUGGAAGCCGAGGUCCCUCUGGAGCCCCAGGGCCUGAUGGAAACAAGGGUGAAGCUGGUGCAGUCGGUGCUCCGGGCACCGCUGGGGCCUCUGGUCCUGGUGGGCUUCCAGGAGAGAGGGGUGCUGCUGGCAUACCUGGAGGCAAGGGAGAAAAGGGUGAGACGGGUCUCAGAGGUGAAAUCGGCAAUCCUGGUAGGGACGGUGCUCGUGGUGCUCCUGGUGCUGUAGGUGCCCCUGGUCCUGCUGGAGCCACUGGUGACCGGGGUGAAGCUGGUGCUGCUGGUCCUGCUGGGCCCCCUGGUCCUCGAGGUAGCCCUGGUGAACGUGGUGAGGUUGGUCCUGCUGGCCCCAAUGGAUUUGCUGGUCCUGCUGGUGCUGCUGGCCAACCUGGUGCUAAAGGAGAAAAGGGAACCAAAGGGCCUAAGGGUGAAAAUGGUGUCGUUGGUCCUGCUGGACCUGUUGGAGCUGCUGGGCCAUCUGGUCCAAAUGGCCCCCCUGGUCCUGUUGGAGGUCGUGGUGAUGGAGGGCCCCCUGGUAUGACUGGCUUCCCUGGUGCUGCUGGACGAACUGGUCCCCCUGGACCCAGUGGUAUUACUGGCCCUCCUGGCCCCCCUGGUGCUCCUGGUAAAGAAGGGAUCCGUGGCCCUCGUGGUGACCAAGGUCCAGUUGGCCGAACCGGAGAAACAGGUGCAUCUGGACCCCCUGGAUUUACUGGUGAAAAGGGUCCCUCUGGAGAACCUGGCACUGCAGGACCCCCUGGCACCGCAGGUCCUCAGGGUCUUCUUGGUGCUCCCGGUAUUCUGGGUCUCCCUGGCUCUAGAGGUGAACGUGGUCUUCCAGGUAUCGCUGGCUCUCUGGGUGAACCUGGUCCUGUGGGCAUAGCAGGCCCUCCUGGGGCCCGUGGUCCCCCUGGUGCUGUGGGUAGUCCUGGUGUUAAUGGUGCCCCUGGCGAAGCUGGUCGUGAUGGUAACCCUGGCAACGAUGGUCCCCCAGGUCGCGAUGGUCUACCUGGACACAAGGGAGAGCGUGGUUAUCCUGGCAACAUUGGUCCUGCUGGUGCUGUCGGCGCUCCAGGUCCUCACGGGUCUGUGGGUCCUGCUGGGAAACAUGGAAACCGUGGUGAGCCUGGUCCUGCUGGUUCUGUUGGUCCUGUUGGUGCUGUUGGUCCAAGAGGUCCUAGUGGUCCUCAAGGUAUUCGAGGUGACAAAGGAGAGGCCGGUGAUAAAGGGCCCAGAGGUCUUCCUGGCAUAAAGGGACACAAUGGAUUGCAGGGUCUUCCCGGUCUUGCUGGCCUACAUGGUGACCAAGGUGCUCCUGGCCCCGUGGGUCCUGCAGGUCCCAGGGGUCCUGCUGGUCCUUCUGGCCCUGUUGGUAAAGAUGGUCGAUCUGGACAUCCUGGACCAGUGGGGCCUGCUGGUGUUCGUGGCUCUCAGGGUAGCCAAGGUCCCGCUGGUCCUCCUGGUCCCCCUGGUCUUCCUGGGCCCCCUGGUGCCAGUGGAGGUGGAUAUGACAUUGGUUUCGAUGGAGACUUCUACAGAGCUGACCAGCCUCGCUCACAGCCUUCACUGAGACCCAAGGACUAUGAAGUUGAUGCAACUCUGAAAUCCCUCAAUAACCAGAUUGAGACCCUUCUCACUCCUGAAGGCUCUAGAAAGAACCCUGCCCGCACAUGCCGGGACUUAAGACUCAGCCACCCAGAGUGGAACAGCGAUUACUACUGGAUUGAUCCUAACCAAGGAUGCACUAUGGAUGCCAUCAAAGUAUACUGUGAUUUCUCCACUGGUGAAACCUGCAUCCAGGCCCAACCUGUAAGCAUCCCAGCCAAGAACUCAUACAGCAGGGCCCAGGCCAACAAACACGUCUGGCUAGGAGAAACUAUCAAUGGUGGCAGCCAGUUUGAAUACAACAUGGAAGGAGUGACUUCCAAGGAAAUGGCGACUCAACUUGCCUUCAUGCGCCUGCUAGCUAACCGUGCCUCUCAGAACAUCACCUACCACUGCAAGAACAGCAUCGCAUACCUGGAUGAGCAGACAGGCAGCUUGAAUAAGGCUGUGGUUCUGCAGGGCUCCAAUGACGUCGAACUUGUUGCUGAGGGCAACAGCAGGUUCACCUACAGUGUCCUCGUAGAUGGCUGCUCCAAAAAGACAAGUGAAUGGGGCAAGACAAUCAUCGAAUACAAAACAAAUAAGCCAUCUCGCCUGCCGUUCCUUGACAUUGCUCCUUUGGACAUUGGUGGUGCUGACCAAGAAUUCCGUGUGGAAGUUGGCCCAGUUUGUUUCAAAUAAGUGAACUCUACCUAAAUUAAAAACUAAAAAAAAAAAAUACCUGAAAAACCUUUCUCUUUGCCAUUUCUUCCUUUAAAAAAAAACUGAAAGCUGAAUCCUUCCAUGUCUUCUUCUAAGCACCUAAAUCUUAAACUGUGGGCGAAAGAGAAGGAUUGGUCAGAGCAGUGUGCAAUAUGAUCCAGUUAAGCCCUCUCCCCGGCCCCCCUCCCAAAAUAUUUGCAGUGUUGUUUUUGUUUUUUUUUAAACACUCUGACACCUGUUGUGGAAACUGUCAACCUUUGUAAGAAAACCAAAAUAAAAAUUGAAAAAUAAAAUAAAAUAAAAAAAACCAUGAACACUCGCACCACUUGUGGCUUCUGACUAUCUUCCAGAGGGAAGUUUAGAACCCAAACUUCCAAAGGUUUAAACUACCUCAAGAUGCUUUCCUGUGAGUGUAGACCAUCUCGAUGGGAGUUGACCCAGACAGACAUGAACCGAGCUACUUGCUCUGUUUUGCUUGUGAUACAAAGGUGCUAACAGUAUUUUAGAUACUUGAAGAAUGCUGAUGGUGCUAGAAGAAUUACAGAAGAAAUGAUCCUCCAUAUUGAGGUGCAUUGUGUGGAUUUUUAAAUUUGAUAUAGCAGCCUCCUAUUUCCCAUGGAGUCCCCAGCUAAAGGUAUGCAGAUCAUUUGCCCAAAGUUUUCUCUUCUUUAGAUUCAGCAUUUGUCCUUUGCCAGCCUCAUUUUCAUUCUUUUCCCAAUGGUUCCAAAGAAGUCUUGUUUCUUAGACAAGCAGAAAAAUUAAAUUGUACCUAUUUUGUAUAUGUGAGAUGUUUAAAUAAAUUGUGAAAAGUGAAAUAAAGCAUGUUUGGUUUUCCAAAAGAAAA